AUAAAUAAAAACUAAAUGUGGUUCGUCACGCUAAUAAGUUCUACAUUUUUUUUUUUCGCCCGAAAACGGACCGAGGGCUCAGUAACAGGUCUCGGCAAAUCGAAAGUAGUGGAAAGGAACUAUGCCAUUUCGAUACACGGCCUGCAGAAACUAAUUGGUUACGAGCAUGACCUAAUAAAUACCUUGCAAAAUUUUACAGAAAGUCUGCAACAGAGAGUGGAUACAAUAGAAAGCUAUUUGGAAAUGAUGCAUUACGAAGCCGAUGAGCAAUUUCCGACCAAUCCCAUUGAAAAUUUUCGAGUCAUGCGGAGACUGCACUCGGAUUAUUCUAAUUUUCUCUGGCUUCUGAAAGAGCAGCCAUGGGAGGCCUUCGCUACACAGACAAAAGCUCUGGCUGGGCUUUUGCCUACGGACAAGGACAUCCAUGAGGCUAUCAGAGGCCUGAACACCAUCCAGUCUAUCUACUCCAUCCCGGCUCACAAAAUGGCUCGGGGCAUCCUUCUUAACGUUCACCACAACACGUCACUCAACGCAAUGGAGUGCUUCACCAUCGCUAAGGAUUUAGUGCAUGACAAGGAUUACAGUGCCGCGAUGGAGUGGCUAACUGUGGGUGCGAUAAUGUACUUGGCGGAUCAGAAAAAUGAGGAUUUGUACACCCAUCUGGGAUUUCCCCUGCCCAGUUUUAUCGAACUCUUCGCGGAUAUUCAAGAUGCACUAGGUUCGCGAGCUCUUGCGAUGACCGAGUUGGAAUCGGCCAUGGAGUCUUGGCCGGAUGAAGUCAGCUUGGGUCGAGCUCACACUCAGUUGAAAAUGAAUAUUCGCAUAGGCAAGGAGCCGGAGAGAAAGGAAGAGAACAGAGUAUUGGAAAAGGAUAAAGUCUAUAGGGAUUGCUGCACUGCGGAGUGUCGACCCAACUCGAAGCUCUUCUGUGUGUACAACACCACAGCCUCUUACUUCCUCCGACUGGCUCCUUUCAAGACGGAGAUCCUAUCCCUCGACCCCUACGUGGUGCUCUACCACGAUGUGGCUUCCGAGAAGAACAUCCGACACAUCAAGAACCUGGCGCAGGGAGAUCUUGCCCGCGGCAUGGUGUACAAGUCGGGCGGAACGGUGGGGGAAGACCCCGGUCGCACCACUAAAGGAUUCGCGCUUGAGAAUUCGGAUGGCGUGAUGCAGAGGAUGACCCAGUUGAUAGGGGACAUGACCAACUUGGACCUGGAGGACUCUGAGCCCUUCCAGGUUAUGAACUACGGAAUAGGCGGGUACUUCCACAUCCACCACGACUCUUUUAAAGAACAAAAAGCAAAGAUAGAAUAUGUUUCUGAUCGCAUAGCCACAGCCUUAUUUUAUUUAAGCGAGGUGCCUCAAGGCGGAGCCACAGUAUUUCCGCAGCUUAAGCUGUCGGUUUUUCCCAAGAAGGGCUCAGCUCUCGUGUGGUACAAUCUGCACCACGAGGGCGAUGGCGACAAAAGGACAGACCACUCAGCCUGCCCAACAAUAGUGGGUUCUAAAUGGGCCAUGACCAAGUGGAUAGGUGAAAGGGGUCAAAUUUUCCGGAAGCCGUGCUUGAAAUACAUUUAGGGAACUCGUUUCGAAGAAAAUCAACAGCAAUGAAUGUACAUUUUAUUGUAUUAAAAAAAAUAAUAGUAAAUGUGUUUAGUCAUGCUAA